UAUAAGGAAACCGAUAAGAGUGGACGAUCAUAUAAAUCGAAAAGCAGCUCUCCAAAGACCGUCAUUUGGCUGUUGUUUUGGGUGUCAUUUAAGACGUUUCAUUCCGUCUCUACUGGUAUUCUUGAACUUGAAAUUUGGAUUACUCGCACAGACAAUCAUGAAAUAUAUUUUUGCAAUUGUGCAAGUAUUGACCCUGAUUUGGUUGGUCGCCUUGGCAUUCCCGCAAAGAGACUCGUCGGACGACUCCAUAAUAUUCGAUAAUGACAAUGAUGAAAUGAGCAGUAGCACGCGCGCGCCGAGUAGCACCACGCCGCCGAGUAGCACCACGCAAGGAACAACAGACAAUUGUCCAUGUGUCGCGACUGCUGAAUACAAUCCGGUAUGCGGCACCAAUAACGUCACCUACUGGAAUAUGGGAAGAUUUAAUUGUGCGAAGAAUUGCAAUCCAGGACUUGAGAUAAGAGUGAUCAGGGCUUGUGAGCCAUACAGCCAGCUGAGCAGUAAUUGAAUACCAUAUGGUCUGCCGUCACUUUCGUACGAUUGAUAAAUACAACAUAUAGACUUAUACGCAUACAACGUAUUCCAUUAGCGGAAAUUUCUGAUAUACGAUCGCAAGCCAUUAAUUGCUAUAGGUCAUCGACAUGUCCCAAACUCCAUGUAUAAUUAUUAAAUACUCGAUGUAUUACUUAUACAUAACAUUUAAACAUGUGCAUUUUUAACUUGUCA